AUGCCUGUUCUUCCACUCUUCACCUUGCUGGCUAUCCUCUGCGCCAUCUUCCCUCGCCCAGGAACCGCGCCGCCGACUCUUCAACUGGCAGCAUACCCUUCCUACGACUACGGCGCAUACCCCCCGGAAUUUUCGAAACGCCAGAACACUGCCUUUAUCGCGGUCACAGGUGCGCAGACAGGAACCGGGCAGAAUGGAUCGGCGCCGUUGCGAUUGGAGGUGAGGGAGCUGGAGAAAGAUCCUGUGGCGUGGACUUUGUACAUUCUGGGGCUGGAUAUGAUGCAGUAUGCACCGCAGACAGAGAUGCUGUCUUGGUAUCAGAUAGCCGGAAUUCAUGGCCGACCUUUUAUUCCAUUUGACAAUGUCCAGCCGAGGCCAGGAAAUGAUCAGAACGGGUAUUGCAACCAUGUAUCGAUCCUAUUUCCGACAUGGCAUCGCCCAUAUCUUGCUCUAUACGAGCAAGUACUCUACGAACAUGUCCAGCGCAUCGCCAACCAGUUCUCCGCAGGUUCAGUCCGAGAUCAGUACGUGGCUGCGGCAGCAAAUUUCCGAAUACCAUAUUGGGAUUGGGCAGCGUUGCCGGCUGAUGGGGCCAGCAUCUACCCUCAAAGUGUUGGAGGAUCUCCUUCGAUUUCUGUAGAUGGUCCCGCGGGUGUUCAAACAAUUGCAAAUCCGCUUUACAGCUACCGCUUUCAGCCCUUGGACCCAUUACAACUACCAAAUCCACCAUUCGACAAAUUCAAUCAGACGAUGCGGUACCCAAAGAUUCAAGGUCCAUUUCCAAUCUCUCAGAAUAAUCUCGUUGCUGAGCAGCUCGACAACAGUGCAGCGUCCUUCCGCAGUCGCCUCUACAAUCUGCUCACUAUGUACCAUGACUAUACGACAUUCAGCAAUGAAGCAUGGAUAUCGUCCAUCAACCCAGAGCAUUACGAUUCCCUGGAGAGCAUCCACGAUCAAGUCCACGGCUUGAUAGGCAGCGGCGGGCAUAUGACAUACAUCAACUACUCAGCUUUCGACCCUCUGUUCUGGCUGCACCACGCAAUGAUUGAUCGUGUCUUCGCCAUGUGGCAGGCCAUUAAUCCGGACAGCUACAUUGUGCCGGAGCCGGCCAUCUUCAACACGUUCACGGCAUCAUUUGGUGAUACGCAAGACGUCAACACCCCGUUGACUCCAUUCCACAAGGAUCUGUCUGGGGCAUUUUGGACAUCAGAUACUGUUCGAACCACUGAGAUCUUUGGAUACACCUACCCGGAAACUGCCAAGUACGAUAGUAUCAAUGUUCGCAAUCAAGUUAUCGCAGCUACAAACAAGCUCUACGGCCCCCCGGUCGAUGCAGAAUCCAAGGUCCGACGACGUGAUGCGAAUAACACAGCGGAUAAAGAGCCGGAGUGGAUUGCCAAUAUUCGCGUCAAGAAGCAUGCUCUGGGUGUUCCCUUCUACAUUCACAUUUUCAUCGGCUCCUUCAACCGGGACCCGUCCUCCUGGUCAUUCGAGCCCAACCUGGUUGCGACGCAUUGCAUCUUCGUCAAGGCUACGUCCUCGCCCCCCAACGCCAUUGAUGAUAAGAACGUAGAUCAGCUCGUCACUGCGACGAUUCCACUAACGGAGAGAUUGCAGGAGGAUGUCAGGAGCGGGUUGGUAAGGAGUCUCGCCCCCGAUAACGUGACGCCUUACUUGGCCAGCAAGCUCAGUUACCGAGUCAGUCUGCUCAAUAAUACCGAAGUGCCAAAUACCGCUGUCCCAAGCCUUAAGAUCUCGGUCUUCAGUAUAGACGUGGAAAGAAGAGAGAACGUGGAAGAGCUGCCAAGAUGGGGGACGCCUCGAGGGCAUUUGGAUGUAAGUAUGGGGUCGUAG